AUGACCUCCAAAUCCGCCAAGAACCCAUCGGCCAGCGAUGUGCCAACACACCGGGCCUGUGACGAAUGCCGAGCGCGAAAACUAGCUUGCACGAAGGAGGUCGACGGCUGUGUACGAUGUAAGAGGGAAGGUGUAUUGUGCCAUUACUCGCCGCAAAAGCCGAUGGGCCGUCCGAGAAAGCGUCGCCAUGUGCCUUCGGCAGUAGGCGCGUCGGGGUUGGUUGGGGGGCCUGCAGCGGACGAACUCGUCUCGCCGCCAAAGGAUGGCGGCAUCGAUGCUCGCGUACAACUCUCGGGCACAAACCUCGACUUCUUCUCCCAAGAUACGGACCCCAGCCUGGAUUUUCUAGACUUGCUGCCCGCGGGCUUCCACGAUGAUGGCGGUGACGACCUUUUCGGCCCGCAUCCGCUUGGUGCGCCUCCGAUAUCAACCCUGAACGACCUGUUUCUCGAUGACCCAGCGGCUUCGGUGCCCUGCACUGAUGCCGGCCUGGAAGGGUUCGACUUUUGUGUGCCACGCUCCCCAAGAACUGCAGUAUUCGACGGUACCGGUGACUCAUUUGAGCUUUGGACGCCCUCUCGGCGUUCAACACCUCACCGGCAGACUCCCGUGCCAUGCCACGGGUGCUUGCCAGGGGCGGCCGAAUCCCCUGAGCCUGUGCCAGGGGGCCCGCUUAAGGCGAUGCCGAACACCUCCUGUGGCUGCCUUGCAUCUCUAUAUCUGGCGCUCGAAUCGCUCUCCCGCCUCCCGUCCGACGCAACAUCUGCUACGCGCGUGGCAAGGGAUGCCUGCAAUGUGGCGCAGAAUGUUGUGGACUGCCGAAACUGCUCAAAUGCCUUCCUUGACGACCCCACGAAGCCGCCGCCGAUUCAAUCGUUCCAAAAUCUCAUGUUUCUGGGGGCACUGCUGCCAUCCGCUUGCAAUUCCUACGCGUCGAUCCUCGAAAUGGUCGAUGAAGAGUGUGCUGCGGCGAAGAGAGAGAACCGGACCAUCUACUUUUCGUUUGAAGGCGUGGCUGGGCAUUGGGGGGAUGUCGUCGAAACCCAGGGUCAUUGCGCGGCCAUGAAGCGGCUGGACGGUUGCUGUCUACCUCCUGAUAUCUGGAGGACGACGAUGCGCGCGAUAUUGAGGUUGGAUAUCUACGGACAAGACGAGUCGCGGUGCAAUGCGCCAUCCGCUGUAUGCCGACAACGGGGGCUGAGGGAUGUGCUGAAGCAAAUGGACGAAACGUCGCGGCGGCGUCACGAGGUGAUGGACGAGCUCUACGCCAAUGGGCAAGCCCCAAAACACUCACACUUCAUGAUGUCUCCCGCGAAUCGGCCGCCUUGUCCUCCCGAGCAGAGGAACUGUGUCAGAAUACUGGACACGGCGAGACUAGCAUUGGAGAGCCUGGUCAUUGCCUAA